GUUCACUUGACUCAGGCGCGCGAAACCCCAAACACACUCCCAAAGUCCCAAACAUUAAGCCCAAACUGGGGUGUCUCUAUCUUCCCCCUUUCUCUUUCUCUAUAUAUCUAUCUCUCUACUUGCCUUUUCCCUCUCCCACCCUAUAUAUAUGUCAUCAGUUUGAUCAUCUCCAACGUAAUCAGCUCUUACUUCGAUUUCUCCGAGUGCUUGUUAAUUUAUGGGAAGUUUGUGUAUUCAUUUGAUGAAACUUUAAAAUUGCUGAAAAUGAGGCUUUUCUUCUGAACCGAUUUUUUGCAAUUCAAGAGCCCACCGAUAGGAAGAUCAAAGCCCUAAUUUUGAUUUUUUUUUUUUAAUUAUUCCUUUACCCUUCUCUUUCGGCCCCUGAUGAUGGAAUCGCCACCGCCGCUAUCCCGUUAUGUCCCGCAGACUCCAUCGAAAAGGGUUUUUACCGGUAGUAGUUCGGCGUGUAUGGAGGAUGAAGUGGUCGAAAUCCCCCCACCAGCUAUUCGGCGUUCCAAACGGGUUGUCCCCAAGCAGAAGGAGGUACUGUUGCCUGAAAUUAUAGAUGUUGAUAUGGAUGACGUUUGCCCAGAUAUGCUGCUUUUUGAUAAGGAAGUUGAUAAACCUGGGAAAGGCAAGGUAAUUGGAAGGAGUGAUGAUCACUGGAGAAACAUCUUAACUAUCAGCUACUAUUUCACACGCACACACCAAAAACCAAAAAAUUAUUGGCUAAAUUUAUUUACAAUUUUCAGUAUAUUAACCGGCAUUUACUGAUCUUGUAGCUUUUGCACUCAUAAAUUUUUUAACUUAAUAAUAGUAUUCACUUAUUAUAGGAAAAAAAAAAAAAUUAUUCAUGCUAGAAGCUGUUUACUUCUGGGAUAUUCAUGGAGUGAUGUAUAUGUACGCUUAUCAUUGCUACUAUCUCUAUUUUGAAGGAAGCCAUCACCAAGUUUUUGCCUGGUAGUGGAACUCAUGGAACAGGGAAAGUUGCUUCAGGUCCAGAUUACAUAUUUGAUGAUGAUGAUUUUAAGGCUGAUUUAUUUUAUGGAGAAAAUGAAGCACACUAUGAAGAAAAUGGAUUUGAUAUGAUUCAUGAUGAUUACUUUUAUGAUGAGCAAUAUGCAAUUUUGCAAUCACAUUUGGAUAGCCUGGAUAUACCUCCUGGAGUUGAGGUUCCUGUACCUUGGUUUUCAGACCACCAGGAAAAUAAAAUGAAGUCCACAGCCACAACUGCUCCAAGCCUUUCCACCACUCCAAUGGAAGUAGACCAACCAUGGGAUGGAUCAAUUUCUGUAAACAGUUCACAUGUGGGUGAAAAGUCCAAAGAGAUUGGGCAUUCCAUGAAGUGGGAAUCGUCUUCGUCAAGGUUAUUUGAUCGUUUUGUGUCAGUCAAGAAGGCAGCCGCUUCCAGUAGUGGCAACAUUGGAGAGAAAUUCCUGAAUCCUUCAUCCAAGGCGGAAUUGCACAAAUCUCUUAAUCAUUUCACUCAAACUUCAGCUUCAAAGGUUCCUUAUGGUGUGUCGGAGAGUGGUUCUCUUAGUAACUACCGUGAUUUUGCUUAUAGAGCUAAGAAACGCUUCAGUAAUGAUGGCCCCCUUCAUGUAUACUCGCACAAGCAAGCCAAGCCGAACCUUGUUGAAACUGGAGGAGCUAAUGAUUCAGUGAAGUGGCCAGAUAUUAAGUCUAAGAAGAUACCAUCAUUCCUGAGUUCUGGAUAUAAGCCAGGAUUUUUGAGUUCACCUGAUUUCGUGCAUGUGUAUCCCUUCUCGACUGCUGCUGCUCCAGAGUCUUCAAGUGCAUCAUUCUAUAGUAAGGAAAAGUAUGGGGCUCCCGAUGAGUUUUUGAAGAAGUUUGAAACUUUCAAGAGAUUUGAUAUGGUAGAAGAUUUUUCAGAUCACCAUUUUUCAAAGAAUAAUUCAUCAACGAAACCUCCUAGGGAAUGGGCUAAGAAAAUACAGGAGGAAUGGAGGAUUCUUGAGGAACAUUUACCUGGACAAAUUUUUGUUAGAGUCUACGAAUCCAGAAUGGACCUCUUGAGGGCCGUCAUAAUUGGGGCAGAAGGGACUCCAUACCAUGAUGGACUAUUUUUCUUUGACGUCUUCUUCCCAAGCAAUUAUCCUUCGGUACCACCGCUUGUCCAUUACCUCUCUCGUGGUUAUCGUAUCAACCCCAACUUGUACAAUUCUGGAAAAGUUUGCCUCAGCCUUCUUAACACUUGGAAUGGUAGUGGCAAGGAAAAGUGGAUCCCCAAACAAUCAACCAUCCUACAAGUUUUGGUAUCUAUACAAGGGCUGAUUUUAAACACCAAACCAUAUUUCAACGAACCUGGGUAUGCUAGCAUGAGUGGCUCCCCCGAGGGAGAAAAGCUCUCACUGCAAUACAAUGAGAACACUUUCAUCUUGUCUCUCAAAACAAUGGUGGGCAGCAUUAGGAAUCCACCUAAGUAUUUUGAAGACUUCGUUGCUGGGCACUUUUUCCGGCGUGCUCGUGAUAUUCUGGUGGCAUGUAAGUCAUAUAUUGAUGGGGCGCAGGUGGGAUGUCUUGUGAAGGGGGGUGUUCAAGAUCUUGAACAGGGUGACACAAGCUGCUCAGACAAUUUCAAAAACCAAUUGGCAGGGUACAUUACUACGCUUGUGGAUGCAUUUAAAGCAGUCAGCGUUGACGAUUGCGAUGAGUUUCUUUAUCUAGCACAGAAGGUGACUCCUUUGAAGAGUUCUGGGCCAAAAACAUAUGGUCGAGUUCAUGGUUCGCAUUUCCCUCCUUACCCAGAGUAUUUUGACGACCCGUUCACUUCUUAAGAAGUGUGCGCCCGCGAAGUUCUAGCUAGAGGAAGCUGGUAAUUAGAUUAGCAAAAAGCUAGAAUUUCGUCAUUUUGAAAAUCUAUGUCUAUGGAUAGUUGCUGACAAUAAAUGUAUAUAGCCCUGUAGAUGCAAGUUCUUGACAGUAAUUUUGUGCUGGGGUAACUAUCUUAUGAAAGUUUGAACUUCUUUAUAUAUCAUCAACUGGAUGAGUUAACUGAAACUGUGUGAUUGCAUGUGUUAAGUCGACUCUAAUAGCCAAAUUUAAUAAGCUCUGGCCCCCACAACGUAGGAAAUUCACCACAUAUUUCCAUGAUUCAACCUUCUGCAAGCCCUUGGACCUGUGGACCUGUCCACAAGCCAGGAUUCUUAAAAUGAUUAAUUUAUUACGAGGAGUGAUUAGAUUGUUGUCGA